UAAUAAAACAAGAGGUAGCACUCGAAUUACUGAGACUAAGGCGAAAUGCGAUAACUGAAAGGAGCCGGUAUUCUAAAAAUGUCAAUAUAUUUUUUUUAAAGCCGGAAUGAAAAGACCUGCUUUCUAAUGAAAUGUUGUGGGCAGCGAAUGGAGUGGCAAAGGGUUGUGAAACAUCCCAAGCCGUGCCAACUACAGACUUCGUUUGCGACUCGAGACAGAGAGAGGACCAGCUCGCCUUGGCACGGACACGGCGAUACCUAGAAACUCGGGACAGUUCCCUUUGAAGUGCCCUCCGUUCAGCCUCUUCUAGCGACAGGUUUCGUUCGCCCGACCCCCGGACACGGGCCAUGUCUCUGGCGGAGCAGAGCCAGCAGUGGUACCCCACCACCGUGCAGGUGACGGUGCUGCAGGCCAGGAACCUCAAAGCCAAGGGCAAGAAUGGCACCAACGACGCCUACGCCAUUAUCCAGCUGGCCAAGGAGAAGUACUCCACCUCGGUGGUGGAGAAAUCGCCGAUGCCGGUGUGGAAGGAGGAAGCCACCUUCGACUUGCCCAUGUUCCACCAGGGCAACGAGCAGCGAUGCACCCUGUACAUCGUCGUCAUGCACCGGGCUCUGGUGGGGCUGGACCAGUUCCUGGGGCAGGCGGUCAUCAACCUCGUGGAGCUGCAGGAGAACAAAAACCGCAACAGGACUGAGUGGUUCAAACUGCAGUCAAAAGAGGGCAAGAAGGAGAAGGAGCGUGGGGAGGUGGAGGUGGACAUCCAGUUCAAGAGGAACAACAUGACAGCCAGCAUGUUUGACCUGUCUGCGAAAGACAAGCCCCGGUCUCGCAUUGGCAAACUCAAGGACAAGAUCCGUGGCAAGAAGAAGGAUGGCUUCUCUGACUCGGCCUCCGCCAUCGUGCCCUCUGUCACUCAGGUGCUCACGGACAGCGAGGGUGAGGGCUCAGCCGAUUCCCCCGGCACCAAGAAGAAGUCCAAGCUGAAGUCACUCUUCACCUCGAAGUCCAACCUGCAGCGUAACGUCUCCCAGUCCAUGUCCACACUGGAGUCUCUCCCCGAGAAGAACUCUUCGGUCACCAGCAGCCGUUCCUCUGGCCUCAACAUCGACUCUCCUGAAGUAAAGAAAAAAUUCAAGUUCCUUGCCCACAAGCGCACUGGCAGCAACGACUCGAAAUCCCGAGACCCGCUCUCCCUGCUGGGCGAGCGCUCCAAACGGAACAGUGCGGAACAGAGCAACCUGUGCAUCAAUGGCAGGCAUGUGUACACCGAAGAGCCCGAGGGUCCUAAGGCAUCCCUGACAGGAUCCAAUCAGAGCCUGAACAGCUCCGGGCAGGGUUCCGUUGAGGACCUGCGCAGGGUGACGGAGAGGCAGGACUCCGGCUCUUCUGCUGACUCCCUCAAGGGCUUUGGCAUCCCUUCAUACCGGGUCGAAUCCCGGGAGAGAGCCCCGCAAGAGCAGCAACGGAGACAAGAGGAGGAAAACCGGUUAGCUGAGGAGAAACGGAAGGCAGAGGCCAGGAGACUCAGCGAAGAACAGAGUCGGCAAGAGGAGCUGGAGAGGAAGAAGCAAGAGGAGGCCAGGAAGGCCGAGGAGCUGAAACAACAGGAGGAGGCCAAGAAGAGUGAAAAGUCCUCCUCCCUGCUGAACAUGGUGAAGUGGAAGAAGGACAACGGAAAGAAGGAAGACCCCGAGAGUCCUCCCGCUUCACUCCGGGAGGGUGAUAAGCCUAAACCCACUCCCAGGAAGACCUCAAAUGAGUUUGUGGAGGUGCCCCUGCCUGAGUCCCCCCACAAGCCGUUCAACAAUACCACACUAUCUGAGAGGUCAUCCUCCAAUCUUUCAGAAGAGAGCCCCCUGAAGCUAGAGGCUUCCAACCCCUUUGAGGAGACGACUGAAUUCCAGCAUGGGGUGAGGAGCCCCAGCUCUGCCAACACGGCCUUCCCUGGCCGUUCUGCCAAGGUGUCUGCGGUCAAGCCCAGAUUGGUCGUGUCUCCGAAGGCUGAAACCAAUAAAGGCAGGCUACCCUCUCCUCCUGCCUAUGCUGACCACCACACUAAAUCCCCUGCCAAACCUCCCCCUCCCUACCCCCCCAGCUCUCCUAUUGAUAACCUACCAUCUGAAUCACCUGACAUUUUUGCCAGCCUGCACACCUCCUUCGCCCCAUCCCGAGCCAGAAAGGGCUCCAGGGACUCCUCCAGUGGCAGUACCGAGAAUCUUGUUGAAGUUGGCUCAUCUGAUGAGAAGAGCCCUGCACCAGGGUACACCGCUUCACCUAAGAAUGAGGACCCACGGCCCAAAUCCAUAUCCCCCUCACCUACUCCCAUGCCUACCGAGACUGGAACUGACAGUCCAGAGCCCAUCAAGCCGAAACCCGCUCCCAGGUCUCUCACCCUUAAAACUGCUACCAAAAGUGGGUUUUUACUUCCUAUCUCCGAGGUGGAGAUGACAAACGAGCCCCUCAAACCACCUGCCCGCUCCCCUCCAGACUAUGACUCUCUGUUCACGAAGAAAAAACAUGGCGUUAAGGGCCAAAUCCAGUGGGACAAAAUUGUGGCCGAGAUGGACUCUCGAAAUCUGGACCUUCCUCCUGUGCUUGGGAAAGGGGAGAUGAGCGUGGAUAGCCCUGAGAUUAGUGUGGACAAUCCUCAGUUGCCAGCACACCAGGAUGAGCCAGAAGCUGUGGAUAAAAAGGUGGAAGACGGACCAAAUGAGUAUAACCCUGAGUUGAUGGCAUCCGUCACCUGGAGAAGAUUGGGAGUGAGCAACAAUCCAUCUUCCUCUUCCAGAACUAGCAGUACAGCUCCCCCGAGAAAUGCAUGUGAUGCAAGUGGAAAAGUUAAUGAGGGACGUCCUGAUCAAGACACGUUGAACAAAUUUGCCAGCAAAGUAUUAGGAGACAAGAUCAAGGGAGGAAAAAACACGGUGUUUUCAGCUUCACCAGAUGACAGGUCAAAGGAAAAGCCAGUAUAUUUGUCUUACAGUUCUAAGCAGGAACCAUCUGACAGGAAGCUUAAAGAGGCUCCUCCUGUUAAACCCAAGCCAAAUGUCAGUGACAGUGGGUCAAGGGAUGGGCUCGCAGAAGGGAGCACAGAUGCAGUAUUUUCAAGAAAUACUAUAUAUGAAGGAAAAGAUACCAAAGUAUUAACACCAGUGCUUGCUGAUAUACAUCCGAAGAAUGUUGCCAUGUUGAAAGCUGACCAUGUUGAGGAGAAUUAUGGAAAAACACCUCCAUUAGAGGAAAAGAUUGACAGCAUUCCAUCUGUAACUGAGCGGGAUUGCAGCAGAACAAGCGUGUUUAAUGCUGAAUACAAGAGAUGUUCCCGAGAAUUAGGACUGACGCUUGAGGAAAAUGAUAAACUGUGGGAACCAAAAACGAAGAAGGAGUCAUCUGAAAGCCUGACCUUUAAAAAACACACAAGUGAGACCUUCCCCUAUCCCAGAGAGCAGCCAGUUUCAGGGAAAGCCACAAGUGACACUCUCCCAAAUAAUUUAGAAGAGAGAGUGCUUAAAAAUGAGCACAAAGCAUCCCCUGAAGAGGAGAAACAGGUGGAAAAAAGUCCAAAUGAUACUAGUUCCAUUUCGGGUGCUGUUUCACCCAAGAAAAAACAGGCGCCGCCGCCUCCACCUACAAAAGGAGGCUUCCUAAAAACUGAAAAAAAGCCUGAACAAAAUCCUCAGCAACAGUUGGCUCAAAAGGACCAGGACCUUGAGCUCAGCUCAACGGGGACAAAAAGGCAAAAGAAACAGGAGAGUUUGAUUAGUACAGGGAAGGCCGCGUCACAGAGUAAGGAGCAUGAGUUAGAGGAAGACUCCUUUUCCACCAACUCCCCCCAGCCCCCCAGCAGCUCCCUCUCCAUUUCGCCCCCUUCUCCCCUUCCCCAGAAGAUGGAGAUCUCCGAGAGCUCCCCACAGCCUGUUGGCGCUGGAGGGAAGAUGCUGCUGCGUGCCUGGGUUUCGCCCUCGGAGGCACAGCCAAUCGCAGCACAGAGCAGCAGUGCAGUAGGGGGCGGGACAGCCUCGACGCAGCGCAGGCCUCACCCAGUGAAGCCCAUGAACUCACAGGACACCCAGCAGCUCUCUUCUGCUCCCUUGGAACGAGACCUGAAGCUUCUGGGAGGUCGGGAAAUGGCAAAGACAAAGUUAAUAGAGCGUUCUGGCAGUGGUCCCUAUUCCCAGCUAACCCAGGAGGAACUGAUCACACUGGUAGUGAAGCAACAGGAUGAGAUGUCCAAGAAGGAUUCCAAGAUCCUGGAGCUGGAGGAGUACAUUGAUCACCUGCUGGUGCGCGUCAUAGAGGAGAAGCCCAGCAUCCUCCUGGCCAUGAAUUCAUCCAAGAAGGCCUUGUAAUAGACUUGGGAAAGUAGGCGGGCGUUGCAUAAAUAUCAGGGUCAUACUGUAUUGUUCCUGAUAUCUAUUAUCUAUGAAGAACUCUGAAAAUGGGGUGUUUUUCCAGCCUCUACACCUGUGUAGCUUUCUAGCAUGGGACUUCUUAGAUGUAUGUAGCUGUUGUUAAUGGGAGAAUUUUCAAAUUAAAAAGCAAAUGGUUCACACUACAAAGUACAUGAAUAUUGGAGAUUAAGAUUUUAUCUGUUACAUUAAUUACAAACCAAAUCGAGUACAAGAAAAAAAAACAAGGAAUCAGGUUUACUAGAGGGUACAAUUUUGCAACCUAACAAAUCUUCAGUUGAUAUCUGCUUAAAUACUAGGAAUAUUUCAGUAGCACAUUUAAAAUCUUGCAGUCUUUUAUAUUUGACUGUUAAUUGUUGCGUAUAGAGAUGGGAUUUAUCUUUUGAAACUUGAACAUGUUUUUCUUAAUUUUGUACUUUUUUUGCCCUUUAGGUAUUUUUUAGAGGUGUGGUCAUAUAGCAUUGUAUAUGUAAACUUUAAACACUGUUGCUGAAUAACACUAGGAACAUGAAGUAAACAGGAACAUUUUAA